AGAGGCAUCCUCAUUAAAAACCACUAGAGUUAUUUCAAAAAGGCAACCAAAGAAAUUUGUUAAUCCUCUUAUCACUACUGUAUUAUUAUUCCAAAAAUGGAGGGCAAGCAAAUUAUUUCCAACAAGAAGAAUGUAUUAACAGUAUUCCUGGUUCUUGCAUUAGUGCAAAUGAUGUUGGGUGGAAAAGUACUAGGAUGUGCUGAUGUUCGAGAAGGUUGUGGGCUUUUUAAUUGGUGUUGUGCGGGAGGUAUAUGUUCAAAUUCCUUGACUGGAGGUGAAUGUCAAAAUGACGCUACCUCAGGUUGCAGGAGCUUAGGGGAAGAUUGUGGGUUUUUUGAUGCUCCAUGCUGUGGAAAGAAGGUUUGUUCAGCCACCUUUUCGGGUGGUCGUUGUGAAGUCUCAUGAAACAAACUACUGCGACCUCGAAAAUCUUCAAUAAUAUCUCAAUAUAAUUAAUCAUCAUCAUGGGAUCAUAUAUAUAUAUAUAUAAUACUCCGUAAUAUAUAUGCUGCCGAUAUAAGUAUUAUUUCAGCAUUAUGUAUCUUUGAUUUCGAAUUUAACUUGAUUUGUCAUGUUUAAUUUGUUGCAUGUAUUUCACUUUUAUUUCCAUUUUAAUCCCAGCUAUGACUGGUCAAAUUGUAAUUCUCCCCAAUGGAUUUUGGGAGUGCAUAAUAAUAAGUUUAUUUACAGAAUUGGAGAAUUAA